AUGCCUCUCAAGUUCCUGAGUUUUCCAUUUCUCGUCCAAGAAAAUAUUCUGAAAAACAUGGAACUUGUCGAGUUCUUCAUAAUGUCUACAUGCUCUAAAAGAACAAAACAAUCAGCAAUUCUUGCAAGAAAAGAAGUUCCAAAACUGCGACAUGUUGUGAAAGAAAAUGAGCAAUCGAUUAUGAUUAGGGGAGAGAAAUCAAAAACGAUAAUCAAAAUAUUGGAAGCUCCAAGACUGAGACUAAGCAGAAUGUGGAAAAUGAGUGUUGGGAAUUCCGAAUUUCCGACAGAAAUCAGUGUACAAGGUAAUUCAUCUAACGCGGAAUACUGCUUGCUAAAAGUGACACAAAUCGACGAAACCUUUUUGGUAGGAUUCAGUCUCUAUUUCAACACGUUAUUUCGUUUGAAAGAGUCAACUAAACUGAAAUUGGAGUUUAUUAAAUCGGCUGUUAGAACUCCAAUGUUUGAGAAUGUGAAUGAGGUUUCGUUGUCCGGGGAAACACUGACGAUGGAUGAUUUGGAUUCGUUUUUAACUCUUUAUCCAAACUUGGACGUUUUGAAGAUUAAACAAUCAAUUGAUGGAGAAUUGAACGAAACAUCAAGAAUACUAGUUGUCAAAAAUGUUUGUUUAUCAAAUGCCGGGCCGUUUGGAAUGAAUCUUCUCACGAAAUUCACUGGUCAAAAUAUCUAUUUAAAUAAAGUGGAUUUGGUUGAAGCGGAUCUUAAUGAAAUUAUCAGAAAGUGGAUAAACAGUGAAGGAUAUCAAAACUUGGUCUCGGUUCAUGCUACAAUGGAUUAUCCCUCUAGAAGACGCAUUCAAACAGAUCAAGUGUUCAACCAGUUGCCCAUCGAACGGUUUAAUCCAACAGAACGUCCAGAACAUGUUCGAUAUACCACGAGAGUUUUCCGCUUUACUUUAGAUAUCGGUUUCCAUGGUGACAACUGUUACGAUGUCAUAAGAAAAAGUGAUGGGAAGAAAGCUUCAAUUCGUGCUGAUUUCCGUUUUUUCCGGAUGGUGAUUUGGAAUUGA